AUGGUUAGUUUGAGGCAAUUUUACGAACAUUCAGUUGAACCGCAAGCCCAAUUUGAUCGAUCAGUAAAAUCUCCAAAACUAUAUGGUGUUGUAGAACUCGAGAUUGAAGUAUCGGAAUUGUUGGAAAAUAUUUCGAUCGCCUUGCACUAUUUACAGAAACUUAGUUUACUCGCUGCGACUAAUUCUGAACUGGGAAUUUUUCAAAAAGAUAUCAUGGCACUGAUAUACACUGUUACAAAUCUCAAACAUAAAAUACAAAAAACAUUCAAAGAUGUCACCUUUCAGGAAGAUAUCCAUGGUUUGAUAUCAAGUAAAGAGAACAUUCGUGAGUUAACUUCAACAGAACAGACAGAUAAAACAUGGCGCAAUAUUCAAGAACCUAAAGAACUUCGUCAAACACAAAGUGAAACUGCUUUUCAUUAUCGCUUUCCAGCUGGUUCUUCCACUAUUGCUUCUACAAGAAAGAAUCUUCCAUGGAUCACGGAGAAAAGACAGAAAAAAGUAAAAUCAAAAGAAAAGAAACAGAAUCAUAGAAAAAUUGGUUUAAAUAUUUUCGAAGAGAUUAUUCAAGAUUCCGGAUGUAAGCAAUCGGAGUCGAAGCAGAUAGUAAAGUUAUCAAGCUAUGAUUUUUCGAACAAUUCAGAAGCAACAACAUUUCCUCUUUCAUGGACAGAACGAAAUAUUAAAAAAUGGAAGAAAUUGGAGGAUUUGAAUUCCAAAGAAAUUAAAAAUUCAGAGAAUGUGAAGGAAAUUUCUGAUCCAAUAUUUUUGAAGCAAGUAGAAUAUCAGCAGUUUCAGACGAAACAAGACUUAACUAAAACCACAAGAAUUAUAAAAAAUUUGGACAAAGUUCGAUGUUCUGUUCCACGAAUGUCAUGGAAUCUUAUCUAA